UCUCACAAAACAGUUGUCGAAUUGUUUUUGUCGUGAAUGGUUGACGUGAUCGGGCGUUGCGCAUUGUAUAUUUUUGUGUACGUUCAUUUGUGUAAACGCCAUUGGUAUAUGUGCGCGCGUAUGAUUGUGUGCGCGUGUUUGUGUUUGCAUUUGCAUGCUAACGAGUUAUUAUUUGAGACUCUGUACAGUUAAUAUUCAUAUUUUUCUGUUAACCGCGUUGCACUCGAAGCAAAUUAAAUUAGCGCAAAAUGUUGCCAAAACGUGUGCGAUAAAAGUGAAACGAAAAUAAAGCCGACAAAAGUACAACAACAACAAACGGAAAAAAUAAAGAAACGUAGUGCAGGGCCAGGCCAGCAACAAAGACUGCGCGUGCCUGUCUCUGUCUCUAUCUGUUUCUGUGUGUGUGUGAGUGUUUCCGUGUUUGUGUGCGUUCGCAACAGAUGCUGCAAACGUUACGCUAUAAGUGUAUGUUGUUGUUGUGGAAAGUCAACAACGGCAGCAGCAACGACAACGACGCCUAAAACGACAACAGCAACAACAACCAUUACGAAAUACGUCAUCAAUUGUGGCCAGCAGCAGCAACAAUAACAUCAACCAAAACCAUGUUCAAGUGCAUUCCAAUUUUCAAAGGCUGCAACAGGCAGGUGGAAUUCGUGGACAAGCGCCACUGUUCCCUGCCCCAAGUGCCGGAGGAAAUUUUACGCUACUCCCGAACCCUCGAGGAACUUUUUUUAGAUGCGAAUCACAUACGCGAUUUGCCAAAGAAUUUCUUCAGAUUGAAUCGCCUGAGAAAACUGGGCCUGAGCGACAAUGAAAUCGGACGCCUGCCCCCGGACAUACAAAACUUUGAAAAUCUGGUGGAGCUUGAUGUUUCACGUAACGAUAUUCCCGACAUUCCCGAUGACAUUAAGCAUCUGCAAAGCCUGCAGGUGGCCGACUUCAGCUCGAACCCGAUACCGAAAUUACCAUCGGGCUUUUCGCAGCUGAAGAAUUUGACUGUGCUGGGCUUAAAUGACAUGUCGCUUACAACAUUGCCGGCCGAUUUUGGCAGUUUGACGCAGCUCGAGUCAUUGGAGUUGCGCGAGAACCUGCUCAAGCAUUUACCCGAAACUAUUAGCCAGCUCACGAAGCUGAAGCGCCUGGAUCUGGGCGAUAACGAAAUCGAGGAUUUACCACCAUAUCUCGGCUAUUUGCCAGGCCUGCACGAGCUCUGGCUUGAUCACAAUCAGCUGCAGCGACUGCCGCCAGAGCUGGGACUCUUAACCAAGCUAACUUAUCUAGAUGUUUCCGAAAAUCGGCUGGAGGAGCUGCCCAACGAAAUUGGCGGCAUGAUUAGCUUGACCGAUCUGGACUUGGCGCAAAAUCUGCUCGAGACUCUACCCGAUGGUAUUGCCAAACUGAGCCGUCUGACCAUAUUGAAGUUGGAUCAGAAUCGUUUACAGCGCCUAAACGAUACACUCGGAAACUGCGAUAACAUGCAGGAGCUGAUAUUGACAGAAAACUUCCUAUCCGAGCUGCCUGCCUCGAUUGGAAACAUGACCAAGUUAAGCAAUCUAAACGUGGAUCGCAAUGCGUUAGAGUAUCUGCCUCUGGAGAUUGGCCAGUGCAGCAAUCUGGGUGUGCUUAGUCUGCGUGACAACAAGCUGAAAAAGCUGCCGCCCGAGCUGGGCAACUGUACGGUGCUGCAUGUGCUCGACGUGAGCGGCAACCAGUUGCUGUAUUUGCCCUACUCGUUGGUCAAUCUCCAGCUGAAAGCAGUCUGGUUGUCUGAAAAUCAAUCACAGCCACUGCUCACCUUUCAGCCGGACAUGGAUGUUGAGACGGGCGAACAGGUGCUCUCCUGUUAUCUGCUGCCCCAACAGGAAUACCAACCCAUUACACCAGCACGCGAUUUGGAAUCAGACUCCGAGCCGUACGAGGAGCGUGAACCAUCACGAACCAUUGUCAAAUUUUCAGAGGAGGUCGCCCAGGAGAAGGAUACGCCAUUUGUGCGCCAGAAUACGCCGCAUCCCAAGGAUCUAAAAGCGAAGGCCCAGAAACUCAAAGUGGAGCGAAGUCGACAUGAAGAAAAUGUCAAUUUGGUGACACUGCCAGAGGAGAAUGGCAGCAAGUUAGUCGUGACAGAAACCCCCGCUGUGGCCAAUAGUCAACAACAGUUAGUGGUGACAGCCACCAAUAACUCAACUACUGCUCAGCCAAUACAGAAACCAGCUGCAGUGGUGAAUUCCAAACCCGCUACAGUUGGUGUCAUUUCACCAACGCAAUCUGCAGCAACCGCAGCUGCGCCACCAACCACCACACAGGGUGACUCAGUGUCAGCAAAAACCAGAACCAACAGCGGCAGCGACAUUGCAGUAGCAACAGUUGCUGAUGUCGCUAAUGCUGAAGAUGAUAAAGAUGAAUAUGAGACCGACCGACGCGUGGGAUUUCAGGUGGAGGGCGAAGACGACGACUUUUACAAACGACCCCCCAAGCUGCAUAGACGCGAUACGCCGCAUCAUCUAAAAAAUAAACGCGUGCAGCACUUGACCGACAAGCAGGCCAAUGAAAUUUUAGCCAAUGCUUUGGCCUCACAAGACCGCAAUUCGCCUACGCCGCAGCACUCGCUGACCAAUGUUCAGUCCCCCAUCGAGGAGAAUGCCGAUGCCGAGCAAUAUGAACAGGAGCAGGAGCAGGAGCAAAAACAGCAACCAUUCGAUAUAUCGCUCUCCCCAAUACCAGCCCCCAAGGCCGAGGCCGCAGACAACAUUGAUGGCGUGACGGAGCUGCGUCUGGAGCAGUACGAGAUACACAUUGAGCGUACCACGGCGGGCUUAGGCCUGAGUAUAGCUGGUGGCAAAGGCUCCACGCCAUUCAAGGGCGAUGACGAUGGCAUUUUUAUAUCCCGCGUAACUGAAGCGGGACCCGCCGAUCUGGCCGGCCUUAAAGUUGGCGAUAAGGUGCUCAAAGUAAACGGCAUUGUUGUCGUAGAUGCAGAUCAUUACCAGGCCGUACAGGUGUUGAAGGCUUGUGGUGCAGUGCUGGUGCUGGUAGUACAGCGCGAAGUGACACGUCUGAUUGGGCAUCCAGUCUUUAGUGAGGAUGGCAGCGUCUCACAGAUCUCUGUAGAGACACGUCCACUGGUGGCUGAAGUUCCAGCUGUCACACAGGAGCGUUACAUUCCUCCGCCCAUUCAAAUAGUUCCAGAACAGCAGCAACAGCAGUUAGUGCAACAGUUCCAACAGCAGCCACCUGCUCAUACCUAUUCGAGCAAUGUGUUCGCCACAUCCGCGCCAGCCAUAAAUGGAAUGCUGCAAGAAAAUGGCAAGGAUCUGGCACCAUUGAGCUUUAUUCAAUUGCACACAACGCUUAUACGCGACCAAAUUGGUCAGGGAUUGGGCUUUAGCAUAGCCGGCGGCAAGGGUUCACCGCCGUUCAAAGAUGAUUGCGACGGGAUUUUCAUAUCGCGCAUUACUGAGGGCGGUCUGGCGCAUCGCGACGGCAAAAUCAUGGUUGGAGACCGUGUGAUGGCUAUUAACGGCAACGACAUGGCGCAGGCACAUCACGACGCGGCUGUUGCCUGCCUCACUGAGCCGCAGCGGUUUGUGCGUCUCGUGCUUCAACGCGAAUACCGGGGUCCACUUGAACCGCCACUGAGUCCGCGCAGUCCCGCCGUGCUCAACUCGUUGAGCCCAUCCGGCUAUCUGGCCAAUCGACCAGCAAACUUUGGACGCUCUGUUGGCGACGAGCAGCCCUACAAGUACAACACAUUGGCCACCAUGCCCGCGGCAACUGUGACGACUGGUGUUGUCCAUAAUAACAACAGCAAUAAUAAUACCCUUCCCAGCAAUAAGACCAACGGAUUUGCAACAGCUGCUGCCGUCAAUGCUGCACCUUUUGCUACUGUUGCUGGCUCUGGCGCUGCUCCAGCUGCGCAUAUUGACAAAUCCACGGGUCAGCCUGUGCCAGCGCCACGUCGUACCAACUCAGUGCCUCAGGCUGAAGGCGAUGGCCCGCUUAAUGGCGCCGCAUCCACCAGUAGCGGCGACUCUGGCGAGGCUCAGCCCUCAUCUCUACGGCCAUUGACUAGCGAUGAUUUUCAGGCGAUGAUUCCGGCACAUUUUCUCAGCGGCGGCAGUCAGCAUCAGGUGCAUGUGGCACGGCCCAACGAGGUGGGCGUCAGCGCUGUCACUGUGAAUGUUAACAAACCGCAACCAGACUUACCCAUGUUCCCUGCCGCGCCCACCGAGAUAGGUCGCGUCACCGAGACCAUCACCAAGUCAACAUUCACGGAAACUGUGAUGACGCGCAUCACCGACAAUCAGCUGGCGGAGCCAUUGAUCAGUGAGGAAGUGGUGCUGCCCAAAAAUCAAGGCUCUCUCGGCUUCAGCAUCAUCGGCGGCACGGAUCACUCCUGUGUACCGUUCGGUACACGCGAACCGGGCAUUUUCAUUUCACAUAUUGUACCCGGCGGUAUUGCAUCGAAAUGUGGAAAACUGCGCAUGGGCGAUCGAAUAUUGAAAGUAAAUGAAGCAGACGUCUCGAAGGCCACACACCAGGAUGCUGUUAUGGAGCUGCUGAAGCCCGGUGAUGAGAUAAAGCUCACCAUACAGCAUGACCCGCUGCCACCAGGUUUUCAGGAAAUUUUACUUGCCAAGGCCGAAGGUGAGCGCUUGGGUAUGCAUAUUAAAGGCGGCUUGAAUGGACAACGCGGUAAUCCUUUGGAUCCGUCUGACGAGGGCGUCUUCGUGUCUAAAAUUAACUCAGUGGGAGCGGCACGACGCGAUGGAAGGCUUAAGGUGGGUAUGCGUUUGCUGGAAGUCAACGGUCAUUCACUGCUGGGCGCCUCGCAUCAAGAUGCAGUCAACGUUUUGCGCACUGCCGGCAACGAAAUUCAAUUGGUCGUCUGUAAAGGUUACGACAAAUCUAGUUUAAUGCAUUCCAUUGGUCAAGCAGGCGGCAUGAGCACUGGCUUUAACUCAUCCACAUCCUGUAGCGGUGGCAGUCGUCAAGGCUCUCGAGCUUCAGAAACGGGUUCGGAGCUAAGUCAGAGUCAGAGCAUAUCCAGCUUGGAUCACGACGAAGAGGAGCGUCUGCGACAGGAUUUCGAUGUAUUCGCGUCACAGCAGCCAGACAUUGCUGCCAUGCCAGAGCCCACCAGCCAAACAGGCUUAGCAGCUGCCGCUGCUCUGGUGCAUGGUUCGCCAUCACCUAUACCUACCACCCCGACGCCACCCGCUGGGCCGGCGAUGAACAAAGAUUUGGAGCAGCCUGAUACAGUUGCCGCGCAGACCGUGGCGCUCAUUCACGCAGAACAAACACAGCAGCCGCAGACGCAACUGGCAACAAUCGGCCAGGAGAAGAGCACCCAGGAGAAGGUGCUGGAAAUUGUGCGCGCAGCGGAUGCCUUCACAACAGUACCGCCGAAAUCACCAUCCGAGCAUCAUGAACAGGAUAAAAUACAAAAGACAACGACUGUUGUUAUAUCGAAACACACGCUCGAUACAAAUCCAACCACACCCACAACACCCGCACCUCUGACGCUGUUGCCACCGGAGUCAGCGACCGCUGCACCAGUUGCUGCGGCACAGACACAGCCACAAUCGAAUCCAAGCCAGCAGCCAACCCAACAACAACAGCAGCGCGGCACCCAGACGCCGGAACGACUAGCACCCGGGGCGCGUUACUCAUAUCAGAAAAUGCUGGAGUGCCAGGAAGAGAAUCAACCCCAAGGACCAGCACCUACAUCUACACCCAAAAGGGCCGAGCCGGUCUACAUCAUAGACGACGACGAUGAUGAUGAUGAAAUAGAUGCCAUUGCUGAGGAAGACGAGUCCUCGCCACCCAUCGACUUGACGUCACCUCCUUCGUACGCGGACACCGAUUCCGAUUGCUUUGAGCGUCCUCGCGGGCGCUAUACCAGUGAUUCUGAAAGCGAUUGUCGGCCGUAUAAGCCGUCACGUUCAGGACGCAGCACUCCUGAGUAUGCCGGUGGCCAUCGAAAGUCUGUUAGCUUUGAUCUUAGUGGCGAUGAACGCUCAAAAUCGGACUAUGAGCGCUCGCGUUCACGCACACCAGAUCGGUUCACGCGCGCCUAUGAUUCGGAGCAGGAAACACGUUCAAAGAUCAGUAGUCGCAUGCCUCGCAAAGGUAUCCUCCGUGCGACUAGUCCUAGUUCCUCGACUAAUUCCACCCUGGAACGUCGUCCAGAUCAUUUGGCGCCCAUUGUGCCGACCGUUGCGCGCAUUAUUGAGGUUGAUUCACCAAAGCUGCAGCGUGUCUCACGUGCCACAUCGCCCGAUCGACCUGAUGGUGAGCUGGAUCGCGAAAAUCCAUUCCGCCACGUGCAGCCCAUUGGAGAUGACGAAUAUACCCAAAUUGCCAAAGCAAUUAGUAUGUCGCCGCGUUCACCGCGCGAUCAUUUUUUCUUCGGUGGAGCUCGCUCCAACGAGGAUCUACUCGAGCAGUCGCAUUCCAGCGGACGCAGCACACCUAGCACGGUAAUAUCCAAGUCAACGGAGAACUUGACAGGCACACGGCCCAAAGUGCCGCCGCCUACGCUACCCAAGCCACAGCUGAAGAAGGCCGAUUUGGUACGCAACGUGGCGCUCGAGACGUUCCAGGCGAGUGAUGUUGGUCAAGGCGACUUCGCGGUGUUUGAGCACGAUGCUAGCACCAAUACCAUACACCAGGUAGCCAAACUCCCCGUGCGCCUAGCGAACAGGCCCCGUGAAAGCCCACCGCCGCCGCCUGUGAACUUUGCAACAGUUCCCAAGUCGCCUUUGCCCAAGCUAGCGUCGCCGCUAUUGGAGGAAUCCACUUAUAUGGAAGCUCUGCCACCGUCACAGCGGCGUCCUCAUGAUUUCGUACACGAAAACUCUCCGGAUAACAUAUUGGUGACACCAGAGCAACAUCGCGACUUUUUGCUACGCGAAAACGAGAUGCGGAAUCAGCUGCGCGCCCCCUACGAGCCGGCUCCACCCAUACCCAUAGCAGGCAGCAGCGGUGGUGAUAACGGCAGCAACUUUGCGGUAAACAACUCUUUUCUAGAUAGUUGCGAUAGUGACAUUGACAGCCUGCCACUACCUCCACCACCACCAAUACCAAUAUCAAUGCCAUCACCACCGACACCAACUAAUGCCGACCCGCCCACAAUGUCCGCCCAGCACUCACAUCAUUUGCAUGAGCAGCCACUAAUCGCUGCCGCUACUAACGCAACAUCUUAUUCUCCCAUUGCCAUUGCUAACAAUUAUCUGGAUGCCACGCCGCAGCCGCUGCUUUUGGGGUCAGCGUCGCCCACACAAAUCUUUCCCACGGCCCAAAUACUGCCUGUGCAAUACGCCAGCCUGCCGCAACCGCAGCAGCCCAAUAAACUUAGACUGGGUGGUGCAGCCUCACCGCCACCGCAGUCUCAGCCUGUAUUCAACCUGCUACUGCUGCCCGGCGAUCAGCGCCAGGUGGCAGUUGCCGCCAGCUCCUCACAGUCAGCUGUGCUUUUAACCAGCUCAGCUGUGCCACUUUAUCUGCAAGCGUCUGCAUCGUCGUCAGCUCAGUUACCGUUAACACCUGCGGCCGACAAUGUACCAGCCGUGGUCACACCCACACCCACACCCACAAAAGUGCCUAAAUCGGUAUCCGACAAAAAACGAUUUUUUGAGUCUGCGAUGGAGGAUCAACAGAAGCCCACACAAAAAGCAGAGAAAGUUUUUUCAUUCCUGUCAAAGGAUGAAGUCGAAAAGUUGCGCCAGGAAGAGGAAAAGAAAAUUGCAACACUCCGUCGUGAUAAGAAAUCCAGAUUAUUAGAUGCCGCCAAUGACAACAUUGACAAGGACGACGCCCGGCAUGCUGAUAAGCAAUCGGCUAACGAUGACAGCAACAGCAAUAGCAGCGGCGAUGACAAUGAUGACGAUGAAGACGACAUAGAUGAUGGUCACGACGAUGAUUAUGGAAAACAGAUCACGACCAAUCGCAAGGAUGUCGUUGACAACGUUGUCAGGGCGCAGUUCGAUGAUGCGGAGGACAUUAGAACCGCACAAAAUCAAGCGCAGGCAACGCACUCGCCCAGCAAAAUACCUAAGCAACUAAAACAGCAGCAGCAAAUGAAGACAACGCCCACAGCGAUGCCGCCUGGUGAUACGCCCAAGCCCUCGCUGCUGCCCAAGCCAAAGGUCAAAGUUGUAAUGCCGCCCGCGCUGCAGCAACGUCUUAGGCAGCAGCAACAGCAACAACCAUCCCAGCCUGAGGAACCCACCAUACACGAAGAGGAGCAGCCUGUCACGCCCACAAGCUCGAGCAGCCGCAUACCCGUACGCACGUUGAAGGCAGAACGCCGCGCCCUGGCAGCAGCUGCACGACAGGCAGGCCUCACCGUGGACGAGUACGUCCAACAGUUAGAGGAGGCGGAGCAUCAGCAGCAGCUCGAGCGAGGCGCUAUGCCGACAUCGCCUGCGGUCAAGAGCCGAGCCAUGAUGAACGCUGAGAAACGCGCCUCUUGGCGUGCGGCCCGCCUUCGCUCACUGGAACAGGGCGCCGUUGAGGCCCAGGACGUGAUCAAGAACAUGCGCAAGAUGACCGAUGAUUUGAUUACGCAUGAGUCCAGAGCUAGUGAGCCGAAAAUAGUCUUUCCGAAAAUUGCCAUUAAGUCGAGCGAUGGCCCGGUAAUCGUGCGCGAACGCGAGAAAAUACUCGAUGAGAAAAUUGUGCGACGCACUGAGGAAGUGCCCUGCCCCAUUACGGGGCAGCCUCAAUUGCGCACAGUCGAGUACAUUGAGAAAAUCAUUGAGACGGAGGUGGAGACCUGCAAGGAGCGCAUCAUUUCGUUGGAGUUGCAAGUACCGGAGGGGGAUGAAGGAACACUUGAUGAGACGCAGCCGCCGCUGGAGCUGCAGGCAGAUGAUGAUUUUGACGACGAUGAUUACGAUGACGAUGAUGACGAUGAAGAUGAAGAGGAGGACACUGCAUCCAUUGUUACAGUGCAAGCGAAUAACGAGAAACUGUUUCUGCGCCACGAUGCGGACAGCUAUGGCCCAUCGUCCAUUGAGAGCGUCUCGUCGGGCAAGGUACGCAUUAAAGCAACGCCACUGACAAUGCACCAGACGCUAGCCAAGGAGACGACCAUUGUGGAGGUGCUGAAUCCUGUCAUUGGCGGUGAUGGCAGCGCGCGAACUAUACAAGUGAGUGGCGCGCCCUUCGACAUAGAUGAGCUUGAGGAAGGCGCGACCUCGCUGCUGCGCAGCGAAACUUUUGUGCUGCCCACUGGCGGCAAGUCGGAGCUGUCAUUAAAUGCAAAAAUGAAGAAUGUUCUUGAGGAGCUGCUUGAGAAUGAGCGGGUUAAAUUGAAUUUGCAAAAGAGCCUCGAGGAACAAAGUGACAAUGAGAACGAUGAGGAGGAUGAAACUGAAAAUGUCUACGUAGAUGCACGGGAUGACGAUGAGAGCGCUUAUGGUGAUGCUAUGGACGAUGUUGUUGACUUUGGCAUUACAGCAGUGCCGACGGCUACAUCUAAAGGCUUGAGCGAUACCAGGAAUGGCAAUCAGCAGGUGCUAGAAGCACUGAUCAGGGAUAGCAAUCGUAAUACCAUAAUUGGUAAAUUGGCCAACCAAUUGGCAACGAACGAAGACGACGACGACAAUGACGAGGAGGACGACGACGAGGAGGAGGAAGAGAGUAGCGAUUCCUCGGACGAUGAUAGCGAAGACUCAGAUGAGGAGGACAAUGCUGAGGAGCAACUCAACAUUGCCUACGUGCAGGGCGCAGAGGUAAUCGAGAAUCUCAACACUGUGACUGAGGGCAACAAACUUCAAAAGUCACAGACUUUCAACACCAUCAAGGAAGCCGAGCAUGAGGAGGACGAAGCACAACAAGCAAGUGGAAAAGCACAAUGCAGUAACACACUAGCCCAACUGCAGGCCGAGCAGCGUGCUCUGGCCGAGAUCUCAAAACAGCUACGUAAAUCUGUUGAGGAUUUGCUCAGCGCCGAUAGCGGCGCGGUAGUGGAAACACAACGCACAUUUACACUACCAGCGUCCAGCCACAGCCCUGCUAUCGUCACCGUCACAGAGGUGGUGAAGAAACAAACGAAAACUGGACGUCAAUCGGCCACUGGCGAAUCUGGAGAAGCUAUAUUUAAUCGCUUACUCAGCAGCGGAGAGUCUCAGCGUCAAAUUUUCGAUGAGCAGCAAGGCGAAACCAUCACAACCACUACAACAACCACAGAGGCGCUGCCCGCAGCGGCAGCGGCUGCUGCUUCUGGUGAGCCAAGCACCAGUGUGGUAACCACAACGCGCACUGUUUCCAACAUUGUCACCAGCGGUAUACCGAGGCUUGAGCCGAGCAAGCAAACCAGUCGCAACAGUAACAACAGCAACAACAACAACAACAAUCGCAGCAAAAACAAGCGCAAAGGCAAGAAGAAAUAGGCAGUAGUGACCGUCAAAUUGCGUAUACGACACAUGCACAAUAAAUGAAAAAUAAAAAUUACAUAAAUUAUAACCGGAUAUUUAAAUGUGAACCGGUCAACUACUUUUUGAUGCUCCCGUCGUAUGCAAAACUUUAUACUUCGAGCAUUCCGACUGUCCACUUUAAGUUGGGCAUUUAUCUUGAAGUCUAGCUCUAAGCGAAACAACAUUAAAAACAAACAACAUAUAUUUAAAAGAACAUGAUUUUUGAUGUAUGUAUUCAUCGCCUUGCAUUACUCAGCUGCUGCUGAUCUUGCAGUUAAUGUAUGGAAAACAGCAACUGUCAAAGUAGUCAGUUUCUUUAAAUUGUAAUUGUACAAAUGCAAUGCGAGUAAAAUUAUAUAAAAUCGAUCUAUAUAAAAUGUGUUUAGUAUGUAAGCAAAUCAACCUUUUAUAAACUGACAAAAGAAAAC